AUGCCGCGCCCAAAGAGACCCGACCAGGAUGGGAAAGAGGUCAAGAAGCGGUCCAGGAAUGGUUGCUGGCCUUGCAAGUCGAGGAAGGUCAAAUGCGGGGAGGAGAAGCCGACCUGCGCCAACUGCCAGCGACAAGGCGAAACAUGCGAUUACAGUAUUCGACUGAACUGGGAUGGUCGGAACAAAAAGAAAGAGGAAGGGAACGGAAAGCCUGGCGCGCAGAUUCUGUCGUUUGGCACUCCUCAACCCUCGAAUGGAUACACCAACGGCAGUCUCGACCAGAGCCCCAACAUCAACGACCAGAUCCUAGCCCCUCCAGUCACCAUCCAAGUACCUGACUACGCAGUCGACCAGCCUUCGGUGGACGCUGGAUUGCCUUCGAUCAACCCUUUCUCCAACAAUCUCUCUGUCCCGGCGACGACCGACUUCAAUCCUGCGAUCCUUCCACCUCCGCCGAUACUGAGAACGCCCCAGUGGGGUGACAGCGCCAAUGUGAACCCUCCCUCUGUCCCCGACCCUACCCUCAUCCCGCCCUCUGUACGACAUCCGCUGUCUCUGCCACCCUAUCCUUCUCCGUCAGAAUCCGGCUUUGGCAGUCCGAACCUCGGCAACGGAAUGAACAAUUUUAACGGUUAUUCUAUGCAGAUGCCUCCGCCGAUGCACACGUCUAAUCCAAUGACAUACCAAGAAUCCGCCAAUUCGCCCUACAACCCGAACAAGAGGAUGAAAUUGAGUCCGAGAACAGACAGUUUCGGGAGGACUGCGCCCAGCUAUCAACGAGCAGGAUCUUAUGGUCCCAACGAUACUGAAGAGGUCGGCCCGCGUGUCCAGUUCAACCCGCACACACCCACUUUCUUUCCCUCCUACCUUAGCAAUCCCUUGACACCGGCGACCUCGGCCACCUCUCAGACACAAGACAACGAGGACAGACGGAUCUCCGUAAGCUCGCUGCUCUCUGAAGACCCGGAGCCGGAGGAUCGCCGAGAUUCCAGGCAAGAUGAUCAGAACGGGACAUUCGACGAACAGAUUCCGCGACGGGGCUCUUUACACCAGCGGAUGAUAUCGUACUCGGAAACGGAGACUUACGGCCAAGAUCGUGGUAAUGUCGAUCUUGACGUUCCCCGGAACAACGAUACCAUGGCCAUCUCUGGAAUGUCACCAUCGGAACACAGCGACUUCGAGUCUUGGUUGAAUGACACAGAUUUAGGUGUCCCGGAGUUUGGCUUCGGUCUGGUCAGUCGAGAGACGGUAUUUGCCAGCGGAGGAUACUAUGCCGCGCCGGUGCCCAUCAAGAUCCCUCGGAAGCUGGAGCCAUUGCCCCGUGCUCUGUCGGAGAAUCCGAUGAACCUUCUAUACUUCCAUCACUUCCUUAACCACACGGCCAGAAUUCUUGUUCCUCACGAUUGUCCCGAAAACCCAUUCAAAACGAUACUACCAAAGAUGGCCGUCGAAAAUCAGAACCUGCUGAACCUGCUGCUAGCGUACUCGGCGUGCCACCGAGCCCGGCUUUUGAAUCACCCGGAACCUGCGAACCGCAUAGCGCACUGGGUCCGGGAUGUGUUCCCUUCCCUGCGGCAGACUCUAGAUAACGUGUCGAAUACCGAGGUAUCGAACGCGAAUCUGGCGACGGCGAUCAUGCUUGCGUCGCUGGAAAUCAUCUCACCUUCCAGUUUUGGGGUGUCGAUCCCAUGGCAAAAUCAUCUCAGCAUUGCUCGGAGCAUUAUCCGCGCUCGCACCGGUCCGCACUCCAUUUCACGCAAAGACCCUGUCAUGUACUUCUUGACGAGAUGGCUGGCGUAUCUCGACGUGAUGGGUUCGCUUUCGGGGAGGCGUAAUGAGGAGCCCCUCUAUGCGGGCAACUACUGGUCCAGCUCGCACGAGGACAGCACCUCGGCCAAAGAGUUGUCGUUGACCGAUGACGAUGGCGAUGAUGAAGACGACUAUACGAUCGACUGUCUCCUCGGAUUCACAACCAGAUGUGUGCAAAUCCUAGCCCAGGUGGCUCUUUUGGCGAGAGAAUGUGAAACGGCAGGCCGAAUUGACCCGGACACAGGACAGAUCAACGAAGACUGGAAGCCUUCCAUGGACAUGCUCAAGAGGGCAGAGAAACUGCGUCAGGAUCUCGAACGAGCUCGCAACCAUGAGCAGAUCCAGUGCGCUCACCACAGUCCCCAGAUCACCAAAGCAUCCCUCUGCGGAACGCACGGCACGCGUCGCAAUUCGGCUUAUGCCGAGAUGUCGGAAAAGGACGUUGAAGAAUCUCUGGCGACAAAUUCGGCCUUUCACUGGGCUGGGCUGGUCCAUCUCUUGCGACGGAUCCAUAACCUCCCGCGUGGGGACCAGGAGGUGCAGAUGGCCGUCCACGAAAUUGUCAAGGUCCUCCAGCAGAUCCGAGCCGGCGGAAGUGCCGAAGCAUGUUUGCUCUUCCCCAUGUUCACCGCGGGAGUUGAAGCAGAAGACGCCUUGGAUCGUGCUGAAGUAUUGAGUCGAAUCAAAGGCGCCGAGGGACUUGGAAUGUGUCAAGUCAGUCGGGCCCGUCGGAUCAUGGAAGAAGUGUGGAGGACCGGGCUCAGUUGGGAAUGCCUGGUAACUGGCGAGUUCUUUGGCUGA